GUUUCCGGUGUUGUGACUGAAACCCGUCAAUAUGGCGGCGAUCGGCCGCGGCCGCUCGCUGAAGAACCUCCGAAUACGAGGGCGGAAUGACAGCGGCGAGGAGAACGUCCCGCUGGAUCUGACCCGAGAACCUUCUGAUAACUUAAGGGAGAUUCUCCAAAAUGUGGCCAAAUUGCAAGGAGUAUCAAAUAUGAGAAAGCUAGGCCAUCUGAAUAACUUUACUAAGCUGCUUUGUGAUAUUGGCCACAGUGAAGAAAAACUGGGUUUUAACUAUGAGGAUAUCAUAAUUUGCUUGCGGUUAGCUUUAUUGAACGAAGCAAAAGAAGUGCGGGCAGCAGGGCUUCGAGCUCUUCGGUAUCUCAUCCAAGACUCCAGUAUUCUGCAGAAGGUGCUAAAAUUGAAAGUGGACUAUUUAAUAGCUAGGUGCAUUGACAUACAGCAGAGCAACGAGGUAGAGAGAACACAAGCACUUCGAUUAGUCAGAAAGAUGAUCACUGUGAAUGCUUCCUUGUUUCCCAGCUCGGUGGCCAACUCGCUAAUAGCAGUUGGGAAUGAUGGACUUCAAGAAAGAGACAGAAUGGUUCGAGCAUGCAUUGCCAUUAUCUGUGAACUAGCACUUCAGAAUCCAGAGGUGGUUGCCCUUCGAGGUGGACUGAACACCAUCUUGAAAAAUGUGAUUGAUUGCCAAUUAAGUCGAAUAAAUGAGGCUCUCAUUACUACAAUUUUGCACCUUCUUAAUCAUCCAAAGACCCGACAGUAUGUACGAGCUGAUGUUGAGUUAGAGAGAAUUUUAGCACCCUACACCGAUUUUCACUACAGACAUAGUCCAGAUACAGCUGAAGGACAGCUAAAAGAAGACAGAGAAGCAAGGUUUCUAGCCAGUAAAAUGGGAAUCAUAGCAACAUUCCGAUCAUGGGCAGGUAUUAUUAAUUUAUGUAAACCUGGAAACUCUGGGAUUCAGUCUCUAAUUGGAGUACUUUGCAUUCCAAAUAUGGAAAUAAGGCGAGGUCUCCUUGAAGUGCUUUAUGAUAUAUUUCGUCUUCCUCUACCUGUUGUGACUGAAGAGUUCAUAGAAGCACUGCUCAGUGUAGAUCCAGGUAGAUUCCAAGACAGUUGGAGGCUUUCAGAUGGCUUUGUAGCAGCUGAGGCAAAAACUAUUCUUCCUCAUCGUGCCAGAUCCAGGCCAGACCUCAUGGAUAAUUAUUUGGCAUUGAUACUCUCAGCAUUUAUUCGUAAUGGACUUUUAGAAGGUUUGGUUGAGGUAAUAACAAACAGUGAUGACCAUAUCUCAGUUAGAGCCACCAUCCUUUUAGGAGAACUUUUACAUAUGGCAAACACAAUUCUUCCUCAUUCACAUAGCCAUCAUUUGCACUGCCUGCCAACCCUAAUGAAUAUGGCUGCAUCCUUUGAUAUCCCUAAGGAAAAGAGAUUGCGAGCCAGUGCAGCUUUGAACUGUUUAAAACGCUUCCAUGAAAUGAAAAAACGAGGACCUAAACCUUAUAGCCUUCAUUUAGAUCACAUUAUUCAGAAAGCAAUUGCAACACAUCAGAAACGGGAUCAGUAUCUCCGAGCCCAGAAAGAUAUAUUUGUUCUUAAGGAUACAGAGGAAGCUCUUCUAAUGAACCUCAGAGAUAGCCAAGUCCUUCAACAUAAAGAGAAUCUUGAAUGGAAUUGGAAUCUUAUUGGGACCAUUCUUAAGUGGCCAAAUGUAAAUCUAAGAAACUAUAAAGAUGAACAGUUGCACAGGUUUGUACGAAGACUACUUUAUUUUUACAAGCCCAGUAGUAAGUUAUACGCCAAUCUGGAUCUGGAUUUUGCCAAGUCCAAACAGCUCACAGUUGUGGGUUGUCAGUUUACAGAAUUUCUUCUUGAGUCUGAAGAGGAUGGGCAGGGAUACUUAGAAGAUCUAGUAAAGGAUAUUGUUCAAUGGCUCAAUGCCUCUUCUGGAAUGAAACCUGAAAGAAGCCUUCAAAAUAAUGGUUUAUUGACUACUCUUAGUCAACACUACUUUUUAUUUAUUGGAACACUUUCUUGCCACCCUCAUGGCGUCAAAAUGCUGGAAAAAUGCAGCGUAUUUCAAUGUUUACUUAACCUUUGCUCCUUGAAAAACCAAGAUCACUUGCUAAAACUGACUGUUUCAAGCUUGGACUAUAGCAGAGAUGGUUUGGCCAGGGUCAUCCUUUCCAAAAUCUUAACAGCAGCCACUGAUGCCUGCAGACUGUAUGCAACAAAACAUUUGAGAGUAUUAUUGAGAGCUAAUGUUGAAUUCUUCAAUAAUUGGGGAAUUGAAUUACUAGUGACCCAGCUGCAUGAUAAAAACAAAACGAUUUCUUCUGAGGCCCUUGAUAUUCUCGAUGAAGCAUGUGAAGACAAGGCCAAUCUUCAUGCACUUAUUCAGAUGAAGCCAGCUUUAUCUCACCUUGGGGACAAGGGUUUGCUUCUCCUCCUGAGAUUUCUCUCCAUUCCAAAAGGGUUUUCCUAUUUGAAUGAAAGGGGUUAUGUAACAAAACAGUUGGAAAAGUGGCACAAGGAAUAUAAUUCAAAAUACGUUGACUUGAUUGAAGAACAGCUUAAUGAAGCACUUACCACUUACCGGAAGCCAAUUGAUGGUGACAACUAUGUUCGUCGGAGUAACCAAAGAUUACAGCGUCCUCAUGUCUACCUACCUGUACAUCUUUAUGGACAACUGGUACACCACAAAACAGGCUGUCAUUUAUUGGAAGUACAGAAUAUUAUUACAGAACUUUGUCAUAAUGUUCGUACACCAGAUUUGGAUAAAUGGGAAGAAAUUAAAAAACUGAAAGCAUCUCUUUGGGCCUUGGGAAAUAUUGGCUCAUCUAAUUGGGGUCUCAAUUUGCUACAAGAAGAAAAUGUGAUUCCAGAUAUACUGAAACUUGCAAAACAGUGUGAAGUUCUUUCAGUCAGAGGGACCUGUGUAUAUGUUCUUGGGCUCAUAGCCAAAACCAAGCAAGGCUGUGAUAUUCUAAAAUGUCACAAUUGGGAUGCUGUAAGGCACAGUCGUAAACAUUUGUGGCCAGUGGUCCCAGAUGAUGUAGAACAACUCUGUAAUGAACUCUCAUCUGUCCCAAGCACCCUAAGUUUGAACUCGGAGUCAACAAGCUCUAGGCAUAAUAGUGAAAGUGAAUCUGCACCAUCAAGCAUGUUCAUCAUGGAGGAUGACCGGUUUGGCAGCAGCUCUACUAGUACAUUUUUUCUGGACAUCAAUGAAGAUGCAGAGCCAGCAUUUUAUGACCGACCUGGACCUAUAAAGGAUAAAAAUCCAUUCCCUUUCUUUGCUUCUAGUAAACUUGUGAAGAAUCGUAUCUUAAAUUCUCUUACUUUGCCUAAUAAAAAACAUCGUAGCAGCAGUGAUCCAAAAGGAGGGAAACUGUCAUCUGAAAAUAAGACAAGCAACAGGCGGAUCAGAACGCUUACAGAGCCCAGUGUUGACUUUAAUCAUAGUGAUGAUUUCACACCCAUAUCCACAGUACAGAAACCAUUACAAUUAGAAACUUCAUUUGUUGGGAAUAAGCACAUUGAAGACACUGGUAGUACUCCAAGUAUUGGAGAGAAUGACUUAAAAUUCACCAAGAGUCUUGGUACAGAGAAUCACAGAGAAAACACAAGCCGAGAGAGAUUAGUUGUAGAAAGUUCAUCAAGCUCACAUAUGAAGAUACGUAGCCAGAGUUUUAAUACAGAUACUACAACAAGUGGCAUAAGUUCAAUGAGUUCAAGUCCUUCACGAGAGACAGUAGGUGUAGAUGCUACGACUGUGGACACAGACUGUGGAAGUAUGAGUACUGUGGUAAGUACUAAAACUGUUAAGACAAGCCACUAUUUGACACCACAGUCUAACCAUCUCUCUCUCUCUAAAUCAAACUCAGUGUCCCUGGUGCCUCCAGGUUCUUCUCAUACACUUCCUAGAAGAGCACAGUCCCUUAAAGCACCCUCUAUUGCUACAAUUAAAAGUCUAGCAGACUGUAACUUUAGUUACACAAGUUCUAGAGAUGCCUUUGGCUACGCUACCCUGAAAAGAUUACAGCAGCAAAGAAUGCAUCCAUCCUUAUCUCAUUCUGAAGCUUUGGCAUCCCCAGCAAAAGAUGUGCUGUUUACUGAUACCAUCACCAUGAAGGCCAACAGCUUUGAGUCCAGGUUAACACCAAGCAGGAUCGAUUUUAAAAAGAAGCAUGUCGGGGGAAUCAGGAGCUUAAGACCUACAAUAACAAACAACUUUUUCAGGUUCAUGAAAGCUUUAAGUUAUGCUUCGCUAGAUAAAGAAGAUUUAUUAAGUCCUAUUAACCAAAAUACGCUGCAGCGAUCCUCCUCCGUGAGGUCCAUGGUGUCCAGUGCAACAUAUGGUAGCUCAGAUGACUAUAUUGGUCUUGCUCUUCCAGUAGAUAUCAAUGAUAUAUUCCAGGUAAAGGAUAUUCCUUAUUUUCAAACAAAAAAUAUACCUCCACAUGAUGAUCGAGGGGCAAGAGUGUUUGCCCAUGAUACUGGAGGUCUUCCAUCUGGAACUGGAGGUCUUGUAAAAAACUCUUUUCACUUGCUACGACAGCAGAUGAGUCUUACGGAAAUAAUGAAUUCAAUCCAUUCAGAUGCUUCUCUGUUUUUAGAAAGUACGGAAGACACUGGACUACAGGAACAUACAGAUGAUAACUGUCUUUAUUGUGUCUGUAUUGAGAUUCUGGGUUUUCAGCCCAGUAACCAACUGAGUGCAAUAUGUAGUCAUUCAGACCUUCAAGACAUUCCAUAUUCUGAUUGGUGUGAGCAAACUAUCCAUAAUCCCUUAGAAGUAGUUCCCUCGAAAUUUUCUGGCAUUUCUGGAUGCAGUGACGGAGUGUCUCAAGAAGGCUCAGCCAGCAGCACCAAAAGUACAGAAUUGCUACUAGGGGUUAAAACAAUUCCAGAUGAUACACCAAUGUGCCGUAUACUCCUUCGCAAAGAAGUUCUGAGAUUAGUCAUUAAUUUGAGUAGUUCAGUUUCAACUAAAUGUCAUGAAACUGGGCUUUUAACAAUUAAAGAGAAGUAUCCUCAAACAUUUGAUGACAUAUGCCUUUACUCUGAGGUUUCCCAUUUGCUGUCACACUGCACAUUUAGACUUCCAUGUCGGAGGUUCAUACAAGAAUUAUUUCAGGAUGUACAGUUUUUACAAAUGCAUGAAGAAGCAGAGGCUGUCUUGGCAACACCACCAAAGCAACCUAUAGUUGAUACAUCUGCUGAAUCCUGACCUCAUAUUUAUGAUGUACAUAGAUGUAGACUAUAUAUAUAUAUAUAUAUAUAUAUAUAUAUAUAUAUAUAUUCAUAUUUGUGGACUUCUAAAAGCCUCAAAAAAGCCGACUGACUGGGCAGCAAAGACAGGAGUAUCUUCUAUACGCUGUUCCAGCAAUUACUGGUACAUAAACAGUUGGAACUGCGGACUUCCCUAACCAAAACAACUUCCUCUCCCCUCUGUGGAGCCCCUUUGGGGGUUCAUUAUUCAUUACCACAGUUUUAAGAGUUUUAGUUACCAUUGUAUGCAAGAUUCAAGCACUGAGUACCUACAUGGGUUUUCUACUUUUCAUUUUAAGAGCAUAACAACAGUGGAACAGUACGGUAUGCAGAAGCACCCUACACACCGUUAUUUCUGAAUUCCUUUUUUACGGUAAAUAUAAAGAUGCCUUGUUUGUUAACUAAUUUUGGAAGCCAGGAAUUAGUGUCUUUGAGGCUGCAUCCUGUUAGCACAAUGGGAUGUUCUAUAACUGCUGGUAUUAGAAGGGGAUCUUUGGCCCUUCCACUUUUUUCUUCAUGUUUAUAACACUACUUCAGAGGUUUUUAACCUCAAAGCGAAAGAAGAGCCUCAACAACCAGGACUUAUAAGUUAUUUUUAUGUGACUAGACUUACAUAAAGUUUCUUACUUGUUUUCCAUCUCUUUAGUUUUGUUGCAAUGUGUUAUUAUAGGCUAUUUGAACCGAUUAAGGUUUUUCACUACAGUUCCUGAUUAAAAUCAGAAAAUUAUUUUAUAAUUCAGAGUAUUUUUCAUUUAUAAAAUGCAUAUGUUUUCAGUGCACUUCCAUUUCCAUUAGCUUCCCACAUCACCAUUUUAACAGGAACUUUAACAAAGCACUAUUAAUUUAGACCUAAAGUAAAAGAAAGCAUUAAAUAACACCUUGGAUCUCUUGAGGAAAAGAUAAGGUUGCCUACAAUUUAUACAUUCCAUGGGAAAAGAAGAGCCAUAGUUUCUUUUAAAAAAAUCCUUGGUGAAACAUGAUUAUGAUUAAAAAUUGUAGUGAAAAGCCUUAAGUACCAAAUUUUAAAGCAGCAGUAAUUUAAUUUUUAUAUCAGUGUUCUUGUUUUGCACAGACUAAAUGCAGUGAUAGGUGAGUUUAUGAGUACAGUAGUUGCCUUUAUCACAUUUGUGAAGUUGUUAAAGUUGAUGAGGGCAGAGUUUUAUUUGUUUGUUUAAUUUGUGUAUGUCUAAAGAUAUUUGGAAAUCUUUACAGGAAUUAAACAUAUAUGCAAAUUUGUAUAUAAAAAAAGCAUGGCCAUCAUCAUUAGAAUGCUUGUAAAUGAAAGGAUCUUUUUUGAGGUCUACAUAUAAGUAGAAAAAAAAUCCAGCUGGACUGAUUAGGACCCUUUUUUAAUUGAUUUGUUCAGACCAUUUUUAUAGUUACGCAUCAGCUCUGACACAGUCAUAGUACAGGGACUAGUAUUUUCCCUUAUUACAGUUCAUUUCUAUAAUGGGCUUGUUCUUUGAGAUCUCUGUAAAGAACCCUGUGAACUAGAAAGCAUAACUCACAGAGAUACUUUUUUUUUUUUUUUAAAUUUACUGGCACUGAAAGUUCCAAUUGAGAUGAAGCAUUUCAUCUCACUUCAUAACACCUCUUUGACUGCACUUCAGUGAAUUGUUCUUAUGUGCACUGUGUAGCAACUUACAUUAUAACAAAGCAGAUAAGGGCUGUAAGCUGCUGCUUAUGUUAAAAAGUGGUUCUUCAGAUUUUCUUUCAUAAAAUCCAAUUGAAGAUAAAACAGAUGCUUUUUUUUUUUUAACUUUAAUUUAUCACUGAACCCAAGUGUUUAUUUAAAUGUCAACAGUACUUCUAAGAACGUUGCCUGUCACCUUGGUCUUUGGUCUUGGAUGAUGAAACUGCCUUCCAGAGAACCAAAUGUCAGAGAUACUAGACCAAAUAGUGGUUUAAAACUCCAAAGGAGGUAAUGUAGUAAUCUUAUUAAUAAUGGGAUUAACAUAUUUUAGACAUUCAUUUUUAAACACUACCUCAGUUAAUAUAGAGUAUAAAAUCUGUGGUUUAAUCCCUCAAAAGUUAACAGUAAAUUCUUUUUUGUUACACACACACACACACACACACACAAACAUAUACAUACAUCUUCACCCCUGGACCCCACCUCACUCAUCAAUCCUGAAAUGAAGUCUUUGUUACUAUUAGCCUGAACGGUUUUUUGGAUUAUUACUUUGAAAGAUAUGUAUGUAUAUAUCAUAAUAUUUGCCUUUAGCACUUAGUUUGGGGAGACACUCAGAGCUUUGUGGUUCUCAAUAAUCUAAAAAAAAAAGAUGUCUAUAUUAAGUGUAUAGUGCUAUUUGGUUAAUCCAUGUUUCACUGACAGGUCUAAUACGUUUUCUUUAAGUACUUAUUUGUAUAAAAGUAGACUUUUAUGAUGAAAAAUGCUCACAUGCAGUGCCAAGUGAUUUACUUAGGUGUUUAAAAUGUUAAAUUAUAUCAGAAAAGAUUAGGGAUGUUGUCAGUGGUAAUAGAAAUAAUUGAAAAAAGCAUCUAUAUGUAAUAGAUAUUACCAGACUAUAAAAUACCAAAAUAAUGUCAAUACUGUAGUUUUUCAAGAUUUUAGAAUUAAUCUUAGUCCAUAUAAAUUUGUACUACUGUUAAUUAUUGAAUAAUUUGGAGGAAUUUGGGCAGUUGUGCUGGUUAUAAACUGUGAAUUUCUAAUUGUAAAGUGAAUUGUUUCUAAUUGAAAUUUUUUUCAAGAACAGAUUUCAGCUUCACAUACUAAGUAAAUACUGAUAAAUAAGGAAAUUAGAAAUUAGUAUUUGUAAUUAAACAUGGUCUAAAAUUUCUUACACUUGUUUAUGCUUAGGUAGAUUUGAAGGGGGAAAAAGUCUUAUCUCCCUAAUAAAAAAUUUUCUAAUAAAGAUUGGUAGCAUAAGGGCAUUCUGUAAGACAUUGACAUUAAAAGAGGCUCUUUGGAGGUAUAUACUUUAUUUUACUAGUUACUCUAACAUCGUAUGUAUAAGUCCUUUUGAAUGGUGUGGCUUUAAUAGUUUUCAGCUCUUUUAUCCAGAGCUUGAAGUAAUUAAAGCUGAGUUUUUCAGGGCAUAUUACAGAUGCAAAGUGUUCAACAGUGAGGUGUGAAUGCUUAUUUAGAUUUGUCUACUGCUAUUUAUAUAAAAAAAAUUUUUCAUUCCAUUCAGAGGAUGCCUUUUAUCCCCACAUUAAAGCACAGAUCACUAAGCAAUAAAAAGCAAUCAAAUUGUCAUCCAAAUUAUAACUGCAGUUACUUUUGCAUGGUGAGAGUGAGGUGCUAAUUUUGUGUGAGAGGAGUUUUGUAAACUACCUUGGGAAAGGUCCUUUGGAAGUAAGAUUUUUCCCCUUUUGUCCUGUGUUUCCAGUUUUGUCUCAAAUUCACAAUCCAUUAAAUUAGGGAAAAAAGGAACAAUUAAUUGAGAGAGUUUGAUAAGAGCUGUUGGAAUAAAAAGAACAUUUCAGAUCUUCCAAAAUGUCAGUUGGGAAAGGUCACCAUUGUCUCUCCAUUCAAGAAAUACAUUAUUGCCAGCUUCAUUUCAAGACUGUCACUACAGUGAGAGUUUGAUUAUAAAAGCAUACCAGUAAAAUUAAUAGCAAAAUGCUUAUCAGACAAUGUUAAAAUCUGUGAGAAUCUUUCUAGGAGCAUUUGUUUUUUCUUUUAGUUCUAGGUUCCCAGGGUAGUUUUCAUUUAUAGUAGGUUUAUUUAAUGAAUGUGGAUUUUCUCCCCUUUAGAGUAUUUUUGUAACGUAGGUGGAUAGCUAUGCCACUGCACGCAUAAAUUGCACAUUUUGUUUGACUUUCUUUAUAAAAUAUUUAAUUUGAAAAAUAUAAUUUAUGCCAAAAAAGUAUAUCUUGUAAUUUUGCCACUAAUAGGUUGAUUUAGCACAAAAUGCAAAGUCUUUGGGCAGAGGAGGGGGGAGAUUAAAAACUUUCAUAGAUAAUAGUUGAAAAAUGUUCCAUUAUUGGCCUGUCAGAAACCCUAAAGCUGCAUUGUAAAACAAAUGAUGUAAAUUAGUUUUGAAAAGUGGUAAGGGACUGUGAAAAAAAUCUCAGACUUAAUGCUCCCUAACCACAUAAUUUUCUUCUUUUUUAUUUAGUAAUACGCUGCUACAUAUUUGGAGGUUCUGGUGUUUGUAGGUCACUGAACAGACAUUGAAAUCUGAUUUAUAUUGUAUAACUGUAACAUAGAAAGAAAAGUAUUUAUAUAUUUUCCGUAAGAAUAUUUCAUUGAGUUGUGUAUAAUUUAAAUAAGGUUUGUCCCUAAAUGGUUUUGCUCACCUUGAUUUUUUUUUUGUGGUUUUCUUGUUUUUGUAUAAUGUGUACAGUUUAUGUCAAGGGCAUUAAAAGCCUCCUGAAGCGUAAUCUUAUCAAAGGGAUACAUUCUUAAUAAAAUGUACUUAAAAAUUCUUAAA